GACACAAGCAACGCGCUCCCGAACUCCCUGCCUCUCAAGUAGGGUUGCUGUUGCAGAACUUGAUUUCAGUAACUCACACAAAACUUAUAGAUAAAAUGGCAGAGUCGGAUCUAAUUAUAAGAGCAGUUAUUAUUUAUGCUAUUGGAACACUAGUAGCUUUAAAAGUGAUUAGUAUGCUCUGGAGUAUUUGCCAUCGCAGAGUGUUCGCUUAUGCGAUUAGCCGUUUGUUCAGCUCAGGCGUGGAGGAGAGGAUGACGGGUGAGUUCAAACGGCAGGUAUUCGAGGACUUGCCAGAUAUGGCGAAGAGGCUAAAAGUAGAUGGCCUAACAAUCCUUGAAAUUGGAAUUGGAUCUGGAGUUAAUUUUAAAUUUUAUCCAAAGGGUAGCACUGUUUAUCCAUUAGAUCCAAACCCACAUUUUAACCAGUAUCUAGAAGAGAAUAUAGAAAAAAAUAAGCACGUGAAUGUGAAACCGUUCGUUGAAUGUUACGGUGAAGACAUGACUGCCCAAGUUGCUGACAAAUCUAUUGAUGUUGUAGUGUGUACAAUGACUUUGUGUUCCGUGCUGGACAUAGCAGCAGUCCUUCGUGAGAUAAAGCGUGUCCUAAAAUCUGGUGGCAAAUUCUACUUUAUCGAACAUGUUGCCGCUGCGAAGGGCACAUGGUUGUCUUUCUUCCAAGCAAUUGCAACUCAAAUUUGCAAACGUAUCGCUGACAACUGUCAUUGGAACCGAAAAACAUGGGUGUACAUCGACCGAGCAGGAUUUACAACUGUUCAACACCGAAUGCAGAGGAAAUCUGUACAUAUCGUGCUUUAUGGUUCAGCCACUAAGUAACACAACUUGUUUAAAUUCCCAGUGGCGUAUUCAAGGAACCCCAGCUGUCCUGCCCCUUCUCUCCCACCCUAAUUUUUAACUAUAAAAAAAUGGAGAAAAAGAAAUUUUAUUCAAAUUUAAGUUCGAGAGUACCAAUUCCGCCCAUCUUCUGGUGCCAUUAUCAUAACAUUUUUUUAAUGCAGCCCCAAUCAUAGGGGGACUGAGGUGGUCUAGAGCCUCUUGUUAAAAACCCUCCCUCGGCACCCCCUAUUUUGAAUUCCUGGACCCGACACUGUCCCUGCAGUCAGUGGCAUAUGUAGAGGAGGGUUCAGGGGGCAUGCACGCCCCCUAAAAUAUUACUCGCGUCACCCAGUCGGGCCCCCCCCCCCCGACAAAAAAAUAAAAUCACAGUCAAGUAGUUAAAAAUCAACAAAAAUCGCCAUAUUUUGCGAAUUAGCGCCCCUCAACUGAUCAUCGAGCACACAUCGCCUUCAUGACCCCCAUCAGCCCCUACCCCCAAUUCAAGACUUCUAGAUUCGCCACUGCCUGCAGUAGCUUACAACAUUUGUGUUCAGGUUUUGCUUAACCCUGUAAGCAAGAGUAAAUCUGGUAGGCAGGAAUGAUGGGAUAAGUCAGGAGGUAAAGAUAAAAUGAAAAGCAAGUCUACGAAAUAUGAUGCCAUAUUAUACACUAAAGUUAUCUAUUGAAUUGACAACAAUUUCUAUCUCUAUGUGUUUUAUACAGUACAGUAUAGAAUUUUUAUUUUAAUAAAUGAAUUGCUUUAAAAUGGCACAUCUACUGUA